AGUAACGGCGGAUAAUCCGCUGAGCUGUCCGGUAUGGGACGGUGCAAGCAGGGCCGUGUUUACGUGUUGUUCUCCCGCUUGUAGAACUCAUUAAAACCGGGGUGAUUAUACUGAGAAGUGAUUCAAAUGGAGUUUUCUCAAGAGGCCAUUGUGGAGUUUGUGAGGGAGCGAGGCGGUAGGGUGAGAAACACCGAUUUAACGGAGCAUUUUAAGGCCGUGUUCCCCGAGGAGCAGGAGAGGAAGGCGGCGUCGCGGGAGAGGUUUAAGAACUACGUGGACAACGUCGCUUUUGUGAAAGCGGAGAACGGAGUUAAAUAUGUAUGCCUGAGGAGGAGGUUCCGCGGCUCCUUCAAAGAGCGGCGAAGUAACGGGACAGAAGCGGGACCUGAGCAAGUUUUCAAUGAAGGCAAAGGUGCACGCGGAGCACAGGCGGCUGAGCAACAAACACUACCGGGCUCAGGUUACGGAAGUGACAGCCAGGUGAGGGCUCCGCCUGCUCCUCCUCCUGAUACGACUCCAGAAUUUGUUUGCACAGUUGAGGAGGUGGAGGUGGACGGCCGCUCAGGUGAGAUGGGCAACACGGAAAGCUUUCGGAGGGAGAAGAGGGAAUCCAAGAAGGAGCAGGUGAGAGAAGUACCGGACAUACCAGAAAUCUCAGUUAUUGAGGCGUCACCUCUCCCUGCUGAGGCAUCUGUGUUCACCCUGCCUGGGCCUGCACAAACCGGUAGUACAGGACAAGUAGACGCAGGUACUCCCACAGAUGCACAAUCUGAAGCAGAAACUCACCUAGUGAUCAGGCGCAGAGGCUCUAAAGGAUCCCAGCGCCGGGAGCCAGAAUCAGAUGAUGAGGGGCAUUUUGACACACACAGCCUGUGUGGUAGUGACGGUACCAGCACCCCUAAGAGCAGCCGCAAGCACUUCAUCGAGGUCAUGAUGAACACAUCCCCCCAGGUGAGGCGCAGCAUGGUGUUUCGCAGGUCGGUUCACCUGUCUUCCAGGAGUGAUAGCGACUCAGCCUCCCUGGUGUCCACUAACCUGGAUGACGACGGGACCUUGGUCACGCUGGACCCUCUGGAGCACGAAUGGAUGAUGUGCGCCUCGGAUGCAGAGUGGGGCAGCCUGCGCCGCCUCCUCAACACAGAGCCCAGCCUUGUCCUGAGGAAGGAUUUCGUCACUGGCUUCACCUGCCUGCACUGGGCCGCCAAGCACGGCAAGCCAGAGCUGAUAGCGCUGAUUAUCAACUUCGCCAAGCAGCAUAACGUUCCCAUCAGCGUUGAUGUGCGAUCCAACACUGGCUACACCCCGCUGCACAUCGCCGCCAUGCACAACCACAUGGAGGUGGUGAAGCUGCUGGUAGGGGCCUACUCCGCCGACCUGGAGAUCAGAGACUACAGUGGGAGGAAGGCCUGCCAGUACCUGACUGACAGCGUGAGCCUGGACAUACGCGACAUCAUCGGAGCGUAUGAGCAAUCAGAUUCAGAGAACGUAGACCACGGGGAUGGAGGCCGCUGGAGGUUCUCCAAGGUUCUCCAGUCAAACCUGAAGCCCCUCAGGCUGCUGAACCCGGCUGAUUGUGACUCAGUGGACGGGGAGGGAAGGGCCAGAGAGAAACCCCUCAGGAGAAAGUCGUCCCUCAGCAGGAUGAAGCCCAAACUGGAGAAGCUGCGAUUGAGGACGUCGCAGAUCGUCCACAGCACGUCGUUCCGGGGCACAGAGGAUCUGGAGGGGUCUGCGAGGGGCUCGUUCAGGGCCAGACCAAAGACACAUUUCUUUGGCUGAGACCAACACGGACACAGGACAGGACCUGGCGGUGGACAAUCUUUACCUUCCAUAGGAAGACUGGGCCAAAAGAACAAGUGAACAAUAAGAAUAUUAGCAAUAAUAAAAAGAACAAUAAUCCACAAAUGCACAUUGUGUUACAAUAUUAAUCAGUCAGAUCAGAUGUUAAAACAUACUGUAAGUUGGUGGUGACAUGGUCAGGCUGCUUCUCUUUAUCCGUUCACAGCUGACGUUGAUUGUAAUCUGGAUCACUGCAGGCACAAGGUUCAAAUGUGAGGCCAAAUUCUGAUCUUUGGUCCCUUCCUUUCUCUAGAAUUCUAAAUCAAAGAGGAUUAGGGCCACGUGAUAUAAUUUUUUUUUUUUAGAAUUCUUUCACCUGAGAAUUUUUCUGUUUAAAGUCACAAUUCUGAGAUUAAAGACUGACUUUAAUCACUGAAUUCUGAACUCUUCUGUACUGAGGAAACAUCAGCUCUGUGGGGUAAAGUUAUGUGGAAUAUUUCUGUAUGACAUGUAAGCCUGUAAAUCUGGCGCUUUAGUAUUUAGUACAUCCAUUUUUUUUGGAUGUAAAUCUGUAAUCUGAAAACUGGAUCAAUCCACUGAAGUUUACAAAUGGUUUACUUUAUAGGGAUUUAGGAAAAUGUACAGUAUUGUAUAAGUUGUUUCAUAUUAUCAAAGCAGUACAAUUUAAAUGAAAAAUUAAAAAAAUAUA